AUCAGAAGCAAUCUUGUUACUCUUGUAAUCGUGGGGGCUCUAUGGGUGGUGAAAACUUUUUUAGUGAAUAAAUUAUCUUCUUCGUUCCAGGAUCUAGGAUGACUGUCCAGAACUUGAUCAACGAGUUGGAUAGAGGAAAGGAGGAUCCGGGGGUGAUUUCUAGGCUACUGAACAUAGACCCUAAGGAAGUGUCGGCUUGGACCAUGGAAGAUAUAAUUGAUAGCAUAAGGUCUAAUAAGUUGUCAAGUAUCACAGAGGAACUCGAGAACUUAAUUGAUGAUGAGGAUUUCAGGGCCAAAUUAGAAUAUGAAGAUAAGGUACCGGAGUUAGACACAGUUGCCGAUCUUAUUUUCAGCAAAAUGAAUCCUCCCAGUGAUUCGCCCCUCCCGAAUUCAAAUUCUGGCUCCGCCCCCCAUGAGAAGCGCAUUAACAAGGAUAAUCUCAAAAGAUCGUGCUCAUUUGGAGAGAAGGAAGCCGUUGCUGUCAUUCAACAGAUAAAUGGGCAGAAGCUGGUCCCACGACACUUUCACCAUCCAAGCAAAAACCAGACAAAUAAAGUCUCAUGCCAAGCUCUAAAGAUGUGGCUGGUGCACGCCACCGUUGAGCGCAGAACACUGGUACAAUCCAUAAAUGACAUGAAAUGCGCAAUAAAAGAGUUGAACGAGUUGUUCUCUGGCAUUGUGCUCAUUCUGCUCAUUGUAAUCUGGUCACUUAUGAUCGGACUUUUAACCCGCGAAGGACUUGUCUUGAUUUUGUCUCAGCUUUUCUUUUUGACAUUCAUGUUUGGUAACACGGCCAAGAGUGCAUUCGAGGGCAUCAUAUUUGUAUUUGUGAAGCAUCCAUUUGAUAUAGGUGAUCUUUGUCUCAUCAACAGAGAAAAGAUGGUUGUCGAAAGGAUUAAUCUUCUCACAACAGUCUUUCGGAAAAAUAACAAGGAUAAGGUGUUAUAUUCCAACUCCGUUUUAAGUACCAUACCCAUCAGAAAUUUUUACAGCGGCAACGUUCACACUAGAGAUUCUCUGGAGUUUACAAUUAAAUGGCCCACAGUACUAGAUGAGGAAAUUAUUAAAUCUUUGAGACGUCGCAUAAAAAAGCGCUUGGGCCAGGACCAGAAUAAGAAAUGGUUUCCAGAGUGUGACUUGGUGGUUAAGGAACUUGAAGAUGAGCAAAGGGCUAAAAUUGUUCUCUAUGUCACUUGUUGCAACGAAAACGUUCACAGAUCUGGGGUAACGAUGAUUUCGCUAAGACAUGAAUUAAUCAUAGCACUGAAUCGAAUUCUUAGAGAUCUGAAAAUUGAGCACUAUGAAAUUCGGCCUCAAGAAACUGAUCGUAUGAAGAAUACAGCAAAGCCGCGAUCAACGCAAAAGAGAAAUCAGCAAUCAAAUGAAGGCAAAAAUGAGGAAUCUAAAACUGAGUUGAACGAGGAAACAGAAACAGAAACAGAAGAGGAAGAAAAUACCUAUCAUAAUUGAGCAACGGUGAUAAUGCAGAAAUUUGGCAACAGUCGAAACUCGAAACAACGCUUCUGUGCAUAAUCCUAGGCGUGUAAAUACCUCCUUCUCGAAAAGCCUAGUUCUUUCCUUCCAAGUUAAAUUCCCCUUUAGUACUACGUGUGGUUUUAUUAGACUUUAAGUUCUAGCUUUGUUCUAUUAUCAAACUUCUCAUUGCAUUACCGGCUGCAAGGAUUUUAAUGUUGAUAUAUGUAUAUAUCUAUUUUGUAAUCUCCAAAAUUGAGUUUUUCUUUCUUUUCUUUUUCCCUUUUUUUUAUUAGAAAAAAAAUCUCCUAGAUACUGCAGUUGUAUACUACUAAAAAUGAAAAUAUUCAUAUCAA